CGGGUGUUUUCACCGCCGGACUGUCUUCUGUGCAGAUCAGCUGUACCGGUCGACGUGUCUAACGUUACCGGGUGUAAUUCUGCGGGUCUCUACUGCCUUCACUAACGGUAGUUACCGUCUGCUUGUUGGACCAACAUGGCGAACCGAAAACGACCUUUAGAGACGGUUGUGACCAGUAACGACAGCUUCAAAACCCCGGAGAAGAGAGAGCCGGAGGUCCGGCUGCUGGAGACCGACUACAUGGGAUGGGGAGUGGAGGACACGUGCCGGUACCUGCACACAGAAGGACUCGGAGAGUGGGAAGAUACAUUUAGAGCACAAAAAGUCACAGGUGUCGGGCUGCGGUAUCUCAAGGAUGCUGACCUGGAGAAGAUUGGCGUACAUUGCCUCGGUGACCGCCUGAAGAUCCUACACAGCCUCAGGAAACUGUGGCACAUCGAAACGGAGGCAAACAAGGUGUUUAACGAUCCGAUCCACGGUCACGUGGAGCUGCACCCUCUGCUCAUCAAAAUCAUCGACACGCCUCAGUUCCAGAGAUUGCGACACCUCAAGCAGCUCGGAGGGGCCUACUUUGUGUUUCCUGGUGCAUCCCACAACCGCUUUGAACAUUGCAUAGGGGUGGGACACUUGGCAGGGAGACUCGUCCAAGCUCUGAAUGACAGACAGCCAGAACUCCUCAUCUCCCGCAGAGACAUCCUGUGUGUGCAGAUCGCUGGGCUCUGCCACGACCUGGGACACGGGCCAUUUUCCCACAUGUAUGAUGGGAUGUUCAUCCCCAAAGCACGUCCAGGAAUCACCUGGAAGCACGAGGAGGCCUCUCUAGAAAUGUUUGACUACCUGGUGGAGGACAAUGGCCUGAGCCCAGUGAUGGAGCAGCACGGCCUGGUGCUGCCUGAGGACCUGGACUUUAUUAAGGAACAGAUUGCUGGGCCACUGGGCUCUAAUGCAGCUCAAGGCCAGAAGUGGGCGUAUAAAGGCCGCCCAGAAGACAAGUCCUUCCUUUAUGAAAUCGUGGCCAACAAAAGAAACGGCAUCGAUGUGGACAAGUGGGACUACUUUGCCAGGGACUGCUACCACCUCGGCAUCCAGAACAACUUUGACUAUCGGCGCUUCCUAAAGUUUGCCAGGGUGUGUGAGGUGGACGGGCAGAAGCACAUCUGCACUAGAGACAAGGAGGUGGGAAAUCUGUAUGACAUGUUCCACACGAGGAACUGUCUCCACAGAAGAGCCUACCAGCACAAAGUGGGCAACAUCAUAGAGACUAUGAUCACAGAGGCCUUUUUAAAAGCAGACAAUCACAUCUGGUUUGAAGGCUCAAAAGGGAAGAAGUUCACUCUCUCCACGGCCAUCGACGACAUGGAGGCCUACACCAAGCUGACAGAUCACGUGUUUGAACAAAUCCUCCACUCCUCUACCCCGGAGCUGGCCGAGUCCAGGCAGAUUCUACGCAACAUCAUCUGUCGACGGCUCUACAAGUGUCUCGGACAAACGCAGGCGGAUAAACCCAUGACUGUCAACAGGGAGGUGCUUCGCAGCUGGGAAAAAGAGCUGGCUCGACUGGUCCCUCAGAGCGGCUCCCAGGACGUCGAGCUGCAGCCAGAGGACUUUGUAGUUAACGUCAUUUUUAUGGACUAUGGGAUGAAAGAAAAGAACCCCAUCAACAAUGUGCGUUUCUAUUGCAAGGAUGACCCAACCACAGCAAUCCAGAUACGCAAGAACCAGGUGUCUAAACUUCUCCCGGAGCAGUUUGCCGAGCAGCUGAUCAGAGUCCACUGUAAGAAGACAGAUGAAAAGAGUCUGGAGGCAGCCAAGAAACACUUUGUCCAGUGGUGCAUGAACAUGAACUUCUCAAAGCCUCAGGACGGAGACAUAAUAGCACCUGAGCUGACUCCUCUGAAAGCCAGCUGGUCGAACAACAACGAUGGCGACGGCGGCAGCUCGAGGGAGGUCAACGGUGUUAGUGUAAACGGACAAAAGAGAGCCAAAGUUCAGCUCACAUUCACCUAAGUAAGAGGAAGAGAACACAUCCCCCUCUGUUACACAUUCAGUAAAUGAGACGGCGUUGUCUGAAAAUUAUAUUUUUCUACGAGUUGUGAGAGGUGAGUGUGUCGGUGAGCACAGCAGAGAUUAAAAAUAAUUAUGUUUUGAAGAAUUAAAUGGCAAUUCAGGGCCUGAACUCUGGGUUUUUACACAGAUCCCUCAUGUCUUUGUUUUACUUUGAUCAUUUUAAUCAGGUUUUUAUUUUCCUUUUUUCCAUUUGAAGCUUUAAGUUGACACGAUAGCUGACUAUUCUGUACGCAGUUGUGUUACGAACAACAAAUCAUGGUGUGUUGGAAUGUUUUACUCUGAAUAUGUGCACAGAAGCUUUCAGGGCAGCGUGUUUUUACAGCCGAUGCGUUUCAGGGUAUUUCUUUUAUUCAGCUUUCAGUUACACUUUGGGUUUGUUUUUGUUUUUCGAGGCUUUUAAAAGAAGUGCAUCAUGCAUCUGCAGUCUAAAUGUUUCUGUGCACCGUGCAGGUUCUGACAUUUAAAAGCAUGCAUUCGUUUUACCCGACUUUAUUUGAAUGUAUUUAUUUUUCAAAGGUGUUUUCUGGUUGAGUGUGUUUUGUAUUACUUUAUUUAUUGUUCUUACACAAAGAAGCUGUCUCAGAGUUUUUCUCCCCAACUUAUAGAUCUGCAACAUUUUAAAUGGAAACUUGGAUCACUGUUAAAAUGUUUUUCCUCUCAAAGAAAUGUGAUCUCGUCCCACUUGCCUCAUAGCUGCCUGUUUUUAUUUUGCUGAUUGUGUAAAAAAAGAAAAAUAUUUUUGGAACAAUGCAAAGGGAAGUUUACCUCUGGGUUUUAGUACAUAUCCUAUAACAAGUAUUCUUGGUAAAAUAAAAAAUAAAAC